AUGACUUCUGCCUCGUACGGUGGCCGGUCCAGGAAGGGAUACCUGGACAUCCCUAGCCUGGAACUCACGUCACUGUUCCUUCAUACCCUGUGCUUCCCUGUGAGGUCGAAGACAUGCUUGCCAUGUGCGCUGGUUGGGUCGCACGAGAAAUCUCUACCUUCGAGACACACACCCGUGCCUGACCUAGGUACCUACCACGGAUACACAGCUUCGUGCCCUCGAUUCGAUCCACACACACACGAAGAGAGGAGCAGCUGCAGCUCCGGAAACCGGGUCGUCUGGCUGCGAUGCGAUGGUGCCGCCACCAAGAAAAACCUCCAACGAUGGCCGUCGUCAGAGGCCAAGGGCCCGCUGAGGAGGGGCACGCAGAUGCUUGGAGGUGAGCCGCUCAAGGGUAGCCAAGGCAAGAUGAGGCGAGGUACCACGAAGCGACACUCGGGAAGCAACAAGGACGCUCACCACCAAUGCGAGGAAGCCCCGCACGCGCAUAUGCCCAGAAACUCCAGUUCUGCACACAAGGCCGCUCGACUCAACGCGGGGGCUCGACGUGAGAUGUGCGACUGGUCAACCGUCUGUGCGUACUGUUGGGGCUUGAUGCAGACUCGUGGACCGACUGACAACCCGCCCGAGGCAUUUGCCCUCUCGAAUACUGCAGGUGGAAGACCCCGGAUAUGCAACAGCAAGCUUGCCUAG